AUGGGGGAGACAGACCUUGGGCGCAUUGUCAACGACGGCGAACGUUUCUGCCCCGGACAGCUUCUGCCCAUAGAGGACACGCUGCGAGAUUUGCGCGACAAGUUCCUAUCCGUCUUUGACGUCCCCACUGUCCUCGAGACGCAAACACUGCCGUGGUACUAUAUCCACCGCGACUUCAUCAGCUCAGACCCGGAGAGGGCGCCGUCGGGGCCAAUUCCCGGAAACGACUUCCACGCCACAGAUCCACGCAUCACGGCGCGUCUUGCCGCUUGGGGCGCUCAACUCCAAUUUGACAUCUCGUCGGCCGACGCAGAUGCCCCUCACCCAAAGCCACUCCUCGUGCCGCUCAAACACAUCAGCAGCCACCCCGAUCCUGGCCCAGGCGGAAUAGCAAUUGUGGAAAAGGCGGCGAAGCUCGUCGAACAACUCUGGCCUGAUGCGCUGAUCGGGCCGUCACGGCGGCGACACGUCGGUCUCCAGUUGACGGAUGCCACUGCUCCUGAAUACCACAUCUUCCACUGGCUUGCUUCGAAGCAGUUGAACGCGGAAGGCGUAGCUUUGUGUCUUCUUUCUCGAAAUAGUCAUGGGAAACUAGUCUGUUCCAGCCAGAGCUACGCUUUUACAGCCAUCCGCGACCGAUCAGCCCAAGAACUUGAAGCUUCCGCCAUCCCAGAAUUCCCAUCGGGUACUGUACUGCACGGCAAGCCGUUCUCUUCGGGUCAGAUAUGGUCAUUCACUCGGACUCAGAUUCAGCCAUUGUCGUUACCGAUAAUAAGCGCCAUUCUGUGCCUCUUGUCCGAUCCUACGAAGAGCCGACUGGGCGUUCACGACCCGUUCGCCGACCGGGACAUGUCGUGGUGUCUGGAUGGUCUCCAUGGGUUCAGCCGCGAAGCAAAGCCCGAACAAGGACCUGCCCACGUCAGCGAUGAGAAGAGCCUAUCGUCGGUGCUCGGCACGUCGUCCAAUUUCUGGAUGCAUUUCCACGUGGUGUUGCACUUUUAUGGCGUGGACGACCCUUGGCCGUCGUGGGCGUACGGAGCGAAGACGGGUUCCGGGGUGCGCGUCGACCGUGGCCGAUUCACCCUUCCUAUUCGGUUCGGGCACAAAUCGCGCAGUAUGGCAUUCAUAGAGUGCCGGACCUGGGUCGCCAUGAGAAUCGCGACACCUUACCAGCGCCAUAAUCCGGCCGCGUCGCCAGCGGUGGUAGGCGUCAUUGUCGGGGAUACGGGCCACCGUCGACUGAACGUGACAGAGCAGUCGUGGGAUGAGCGCGGCUUACAAUCUCCAGCUGGGGCAGGAGGAGUUGCCCUAUUCCAAAUGGUGCUCUGGUCGGUGCUAGACGACUGGGAGAAGGGUUGGAGUCGCACACUCGACCGGGUCGAGCAGACAUUCAAGAUCCGACUCGAUAGCCAAAGAGACGUCCCGCGGCUGGAUCAGCUGCUAUCCGACACGACACACGAGAGCUCUAGGACGUGUUCCAAACUCAUUUUACUGCUCAAUAGCUUCCGGUCACACAUUGACAUUGUAGUGGAGUCAAUAAGUAAUGUCAGCGAAGAGUGGUCGAAGACGUACCCGGGCAAGUAUACAGUAAGGUUGGAGCGGUUCGACGUUGAGACUCAAGAAGUGCUGCUGCAGAACUGGAAGAAGGUGCUGGCUCACCUGAAUGUGAUUCAAACGCGACUACACGGACGAAUAGCGAGCUCGGUUGAGGAACUUCGAGUAUUGCGAGAAGGGUUCAUCUGA